AUGCUGCUCCCGUGCGGCGUCCGCAAGAACCCGCGUGAGGUCCGACAGCCGCCAUUGAUCUCGCCGUCGGCGAGCCCUGUCAGAGGUCAUGGUUCUCCUCCUCCAGGUGGACGCUCUGGACCUGCGGGGGAGGGGGACCCGAACCUUGGUGGUUAUGGUGGUUUUGGACCGCGUGUCGCUUGGGAUGGAGGGCAGAUGUCGCGUUCUCAGCCAUGGAAGGGGAGCUCCAUGGGUGAUGGACCGGUUAAGAUCCGAAACCCGGCGGCACCCUGCCUGACCCGCGAACUGGUAGAGGAUAACGGAGAGAUCGAGGAGUUCUUCGGUCAACUAUGGUACAUCCCUUCUUCUGCUUCGAGGGUUAGGGUUCCUCAGAGGGGCACAGAGGCGGUGUGGAUCCGCCGUGACCUCUGGAAAUUGAAGAAGUUUGAGGUGAGGGAUUGCUACUCGGCUGGAUCUAGCGAUCGGUGGAGCAGAAAGCCGAAGAAGCUUUCUUGCGCCGCUGAUCUUGGGGGGAAAAGGAGCAAGGAGUCCUUCGUCCAAGUGCUGCGAAGAGCAAUGGCAGGGAGGGGGCAAGGUCGAGCCCGAGGUCCGCGGCCUGGAGGCUAUCAGGGAGCCGAUUGGGGAUGGAGAGGGAGAGGAGAGUGGUUUCCUCCAAACUACCCUCCGCCGCCGUUCUUCCAUCCUCCACCGCCGUUCGGCUUCUAUAACAACCAAGGUCCAUCUAUGGAUCCCUCUUUCUUUCAUCAGCAGAGGCCACCUAGGCCAUCCCAUUCUGGGAGUCAAGCCCAAGGUCAAGCUCAUCGCCCAAGAGGACAAAAUCUACAAGGAGGAGAUGAGCCAACCUUGAAGAACAAACAGCCAUUGAAGCAGAAUCAGAAGGUAGAGGUAUCCACUCAGUCUCAGUCAAGUUCUUCUAAGGUGGUUUGUCAUAACUGUGGGGAUGGGGGUCACUUUAGCAACAAUUGCAAUCAGAGUAAACUUUGCUUUAUUUGCAAGAGAGGUGAUCAUGUGGUUAAAGUUUGCCCUGAGUGGAAGAAGCCUUCUGAAGUGGCUCAAUAUUUGGGUAGUGCUAACAAGGGGUUAGGUUUUUUCCAUAUUGAUGUUGCUGAGAGAACUGGUAGAGUGAAUCUUUGGGUUAAGUUUGAGAACUGUGCUAUCCUAACCAUUGAGGAGGGGGAUAUGAACAUAGAUUCUGUUGUAGAGAGUCUGAAAAAUCUCUUUGAUCCAAAUUGGCCUUGGCAGCUUAGACCCAUGGAUGACUAUAGGUACCUAGUUAAAUUUCCCCCACAUAAGAAGGUGUCUGAUAUUGUUAUUUCGAAUGUGACCUUCUUCAAUCUUAACAAAGAAGGUGUGUUAGGAUCCCUUAGGAAAUGGAAUGGAGAGGUUGAACCUUUAGGGGAACUUGAAGAGGUCUGGAUUCAGGUUAGGGGCAUCCCACCCAAGUGGAGUGAUUGGAUGACCUUUAGACAGAUUGCCUCUACUUUGGGUAAGCUUGUGGAUAUUGAUUGGUCAUCCCUAUAUUCUAGCUAUUUUGAGAUGAUCAGGCUGAAGAUAGCCUGCAAAGAUCCUUCUAAAGUUCCACCUGCCAGAGUGAUGGAGAUGGAUAACAAACUCUACCUGUUGAAUAUGAAAGUUGAAGGUUUAGAGUUUUCUGCUGAAGGUGAGGGUGAGGAUAAAGAUGAUGGGGAUGAUAAUGGAGAUGAUAAGGACCAUCAGGAUGAUUUUGAGCAGGAAGAUGCAGAUGGAAGAAAUUUUAUGGAUGCAAACCACUUUUCUACUCCUAAGGCUGCUCAAACCAACAAGCAGGAUAGUAAGGAAAGGGCUGGGAGUGAGGCUGCUAAUGAUAAAAGGAUUGGGAGCAAAACUGUACCUCUAUGGGUGAGUCUCUUUCAGGAAAAUGAGAUGGAAGUGCUGCAUGCUGAGCUCAGUGAAGUGAGAUGUGCUAACCUGUUGAGGGAUAUGGAACUUGAUGACUCAGAACAGGAGGAGGGGAGUGGUGAUCAAGAUCCAGUGGAUUUGCCUGGCGAGAAUGAGUUAGUUGACCUCCCCCAGUCAUGGCAACAGGUGGCUUCAGAAUUGCAGAGACCUGAACCUAAGGAGUCUCCCGUCGCUGUCGAUGGAAAACUUCCCCAGGAGUGGGUGUGGCCUGACUCUGAGAGGAAAGGAACUCAGUCUGAUGAAGGUGGUGAUAGAAAAGAUGACGGGGAUGCAACCAAAUCAAAGCUCCUGGAAGCUGAACGUAACAAGGUUCUUAAGAAAGGGAAGAAGAAAUGGGGUCCCUUUGUUUCUGAUAAAAGAAGUAAAAGGGUGAUUAAUGAUGGGAGGACAAUGCUGGAAAGAGCUCAGGACCUCAAGAAAAAAGUGAACCUGGAAUUACCUAAAGAAUGGUGUUUGGUGCAGCAUGAAGGUUCUCUGGAGGAGGAUAGUUUCUAUGCUCAAGAGUUGGAAAAUUCUAUGUCCUACUCGGUACCUCUCUCAUUUCGAGCUGGUGCUUUGCAAGAUGUUGGAAGCCCUUUCAAGACCAGAGAUGGUGCUUGGCUGAGAAGUAACUCUCCGAAAGGUGCUGGAGCUGGGCUCGUGGCCUGUCAACUAAGUGCAGUGAAGCUGGAGAUUCCCGGGCCUAAGAUGGAGGUGGCAAAGGGUGUCUGUGAGCUGAUGAACGAAGAUAGAGUUUAG